AUGGUCUGGCACCGAAAAUGUAUCAGGGCUCAAGUGAUUCACCGAAGCGACGAGACCUUGAAAGCAGCUUUUUCAAGUGUUAGUAGCGGAACGUUCUGUCAAUCGGGGAAGGUUUUUGGUCCGUCACCCCAGAAUGAAAAGGGUGAUCUCAUUUUUUGUAUCAUCUUCGUUCGAAUAUUGCCAAAAAAUGUUUACAAAAGGAUUAAAAGUACAUUGUCGGAUGUGGGGAUUAGCUUUUUCUGGCAUCAUAUUAUCCCAAAUGUUAAGAUUGAACUCAAAACUGACGCUGAAACUUAUGAAUUGUUAGGUAAAGAAUCGGCAAUUUUGAUAGCAAAUCAUCGUCACGCUCUAGACAUCGCGAUGGUAUAUAUGUUAAACCAGUUCUUCGGUUCGUUCUCAAAUACAUUGUCACUUUCAAAGAGUUCCAUUAAAUAUCAUCCCAUUUAUGGAUGGCUUUCGUGGAUUUCAAGUCGUGUUAUAUUUUUGCAGAGAGAUUGGAAAAAGGAUUCACUUACCCUCAAAACUGCCGUUGAAGUGGUUAAAAGGUCAUAUAGACCAUGGUGGUUCAUCGUCUUCCCGGAAGGAACUCGUAUGACACCACAAAAACUUUUAGCAGCUCGGGAGUAUGCUGCUUCACAAAGCCUUCAUGUCCCAAAAAAUGUACUGAUUCCCCGAACCAAGGGAUUUGUUUCAAUAGUGAAGUAUUCACGCGAAUACUUCCAAGCUAUAUACGAUCUCACCCUUAUUGUACCACGCGGGUCCCCUCCCCUCACAAUAACAAAUGUACUAAAAGGUGAAAAGAUCACGAUUAAUAUCCAUGUUAAAAGAUAUUUAAUGAAAGUCUUGCCAAAAUCAGAUGAAAAUGUGGCCUUAUGGUGCAGACAAAGGUUUUCUGACAAGGAUGCAUUCUUAGACCAAUACGAUGAAAAUGGGGCAAACAAUUGUGAAAUAUCUCGUACAAUUCGCAAUAAAAAACUUAUCCAUGUAUUUGUUGUCUGGACGUCUCUCAUCCUUCAAGUUAGUAUCAUGGUGUACUAUUUGUACUUCUCUUAAGCACCAUUAUUCACAAAAUAAAUCAACAUACGUAGUAUCGGAUCCAAAAAGUAAUAUUUUAAUUGAGCAAAAGACCUAAAG